AUGGCCCGGCCCGCCGAGACCUUCCCGCUGCACCGGCUCGUCUGGCACAACCGGCACCAGGCGCUGGACAGCGCCCUGCGCGCGGGGACGCACGACGUGGAGCUGACAGACCCGCGUGGCCGCACGCCCCUGGAGCUGGCCGUGUCCCUGGGCCACCUGGAGUCGGUGCGGGUGCUGCUGCGGCACAACGCCAACGUGGGCCGGGAGAACGCCAAUGGAUGGACGGUGCUGCAGGAGGCGGUGAGCACAGGGGACCCCGAGAUGGUGCAGCUGGUGCUCCAGUACCGUGACUACCAGCGGGCAACGCGGCGCCUGGCCGGCAUCCCCGAGCUGCUCAGCAAACUGCGGCGGGCAUCCGACUUCUACGUGGAGAUGAAGUGGGAGUUCACGAGCUGGGUGCCCCUGGUGUCCAAGGUGUGUCCCAGCGACGUGUACCGCGUGUGGAAGCGCGGCGAGAGCCUGCGGGUGGACACCACCCUGCUGGGCUUCGAGCACAUGACGUGGCAGCGCGGCCGCCGUAGCUACAUCUUCAAGGGAGAAGACGAGGGGGCCGUGGUGAUGGAGGUGGACCACGACAAGCAGGUGGUGUACACGGAGACGCUGGCGCUGGCCCUGCACGAGCCCGAGCUGCUGCUGGCGGCCAUGCAGCCCAGCGAGGAGCACGUGGCCGGCCGGCUCACCUCGCCCAUCGUGUCCACACACCUGGACACCCGGAACAUCGCCUUCGAGAGGAACAAGUCUGGGAUCUGGGGCUGGCGCUCGGAGAAGAUGGAGGUGGUCAGUGGCUACGAGGCCAAGGUGUACAGUGCCAGCAACGUGGAGCUGGUCACCAAGACCAGGACGGAGCAUCUCUCCGACCAGGACAAGUCACGCAGCAAAGGCUCCAAGACCCCCUUCCACUCCUUCCUGGGCAUUGCUCAGCAGCACGGCACCCACAACGGGGCACCUGUCCUGCAGGCUGCCAGCCCCACCAACCCCACGGCCAUCACCCCCGAGGAGUACUUCGACCCCCACUUUGACCUGGAGACCCGCAACAUCGGGCGCCCCAUCGAGAUGUCCAGCAAGGUGCAGAGGUUCAAGGCGACGCUGUGGCUGUGCGAGCAGCACCCGCUGUCGCUGGCGGAGCAGGUGACGCCCAUCAUCGACCUCAUGGCCAUCUCCAAUGCCCACUUCGCCAAACUGCGCGACUUCAUCACCCUCAAGCUGCCCCCUGGCUUCCCCGUCAAGAUUGAGAUCCCCCUGUUCCACGUGCUCAACGCCCGCAUCACCUUCAGCAACCUGUGCGGGUGUGACCAGCCCCUGGGCUCCGUGCGGAUCUGCGCCCCCCAGGAGCCCCCCGGCGCCCACCCCCCUGGCACCCAACCCUCAGGGCCCAGAGCGUGGCCGUUCCCGUGCGAGGUGGAGGCGGGCGUGUUCGAGGUGCCGGCGGGGUACACGGUGCUGGGCGCGGGGCGCAGCGAGCCCCUGCGCGACGAGGACGACGACCUGCUGCAGUUCGCCAUCCAGCAGAGCCUGCUGGACGCCGGCACCGAGACCGACCAGGUGACCAUCUGGGAGGCGCUGACCAACACCCGCCCCGGCGCGGAGCCGCCGCCCUACGAUGAGGACCUGCAGCUGGAAAGGGCACUGCAGGAGAGCAUGCUGCUGCAGGCCGGGCCCAGCACUGAGCCCCCGGCCGCCGGGAGCCCCCCGGGAGCGGGCGGCGGGAGCCCCCCCGGCCCCCCCGGGUACGGCAGCUUCGCGGAGCAGCUGCGCCUGGCCAUGGCGCUGUCGGAGCGGGAGCAGGAGGAGCGGGAGCGGCGGCGGCGCGAGGAGGACGAGGAGCUGCAGCGCAUCCUGCGCCUCUCCCUCACCGAGAAGUAGCGCCCGGCCCCGGGCGCUCCACGCCGGCACAGGGACGUCCCACGCAGGGACCGGGGUGUCCCAUGUGGGGUCAGCCCACGCACGGACGCAGAUGUCCCACGUGGGGACACCCCUUGCAGGGAUAGGGACACCCCGGUGCGGGCGCUGUCCCACACCAGGAUGGCCCAGGGCGGGCACAGCCCUGCCUGAGGAGCAGCCGGUGCUGGGAUGGCCCCCCCCGUGAUGGGGACCCCCCUGAUGUGGGUACAGCCCCCCACAGGGGAUUUGAUCCAGGGAUCCUCCUACCCCCGGGACCCCCAAUCCAGGGCUCUUCUCCCGCCAGGCUCAAACCUCAGCCCAGGGACCCUCACCUGGGGACACCCCUGUGCCCAGAGCCCUCCCUAGGGAACCCCCUCCUCUUUGGUGUUGUACUGUGACCCAUGGGGGGCAGGACGGACCCGGGGGUCCCCGUGGGAUGCAGGUGACCCCUAUUUUAAGGCACUGCAGUGUGGGGGGGGACUGCUGGGGGACCCCCAGGCCUCUUCCUUUGGGGCAGUGGGGGGGCAGGGGGGCCCCGAAUGUCUGUACAUAUACAUAU